GAGCAGCUUGCGAAGAUGGACGGAGACUGCUCGAGAAAAACAAUGAUGAGGAACUUGUAGCCACCGUCCUGAAAGAUGUUAAUGUAGCCAGAGUUUUCCAGCGCGACGCCGAGCUUUAGCCCUGCAAGCUUAACAGUUGUCAAACUGGAGCUGCUGAAGGAAGAAGGGACAGCUUGUAUCUGAUUCACUGACAGUUGGGGUCUGUUAAAGAAGAAGAAAAAAUGAAGUUCGCUCAGUUUUUGCUGAAAAAUGGCUCCGUUGCCGGGAUACCGAAACAAGUGGAGAGGUUUUCUAAGUUUUCUCCCUCCCCCUUGUCCAUGAAGCAGUUCAUUGACUUUGGCUCAGCCAAUGCAUGUGAGAAGACCUCCUUUGUGUUCCUGCGGCAGGAGCUUCCUGUCCGACUGGCCAACAUCAUGAAAGAAAUUGAUUUCCUCCCUGACAAGCUCCUCAGCACUCCAUCCCUGAAGCUCCUCACCAGCUGGUAUUCGCAGAGUUUGUUGGAGCUUGUAGGUUUUUUAGAAAAAGAUCCAGAUGAUAAGGACGUCCUGACAAGCUUCACACAGACUCUGGUGAACAUCCGUAAUCGGCACAACAACGUGGUGCCCACCAUGGCUCAGGGGGUGGUGGAAUACAAGGAAGCCUUCGGCGUGGACCCCGUCACCAACCAGAACGUUCAGUACUUCCUGGACCGCUUCUACAUGAGCCGCAUCUCAACACGCAUGCUCAUGAACCAGCACACAUUAAUCUUCGAAGGCAGUGUGAACCCAGCCCAUCCCAAACAUAUUGGCAGCAUUGACCCCAGCUGUGAUGUUGUGGAGGUAGUAAAAGAUGCCUAUGAGACGUCAAAGAUGCUCUGUGAGCAGUAUUACCUGACCUCUCCUGAUAUGGAGAUCACAGAAGAAAAUUCCAAAAACCCUGGCCAGCCCCUCCACAUCGUCUACGUGCCAUCCCAUCUCUACCAUAUGCUAUUUGAGCUUUUCAAGAACGCCAUGAGAGCGACAGUAGAGACCCAUGAGACGAGCCCAACGUUGCCCCCGAUCAAAGUGCGAGUUUCACUGGGAAGUGAGGACCUCACUAUCAAGAUGUCUGACAGAGGAGGGGGAGUCCCUCUGAGGAAGAUCGAGCGUCUGUUCAGCUACAUGUACUCUACGGCUCCCAGUCCAGUGCACGUAGACAACUCUCGCAAUGCACCUCUGGCUGGUUUUGGCUAUGGCCUUCCCAUCUCCCGUCUGUAUGCCAAGUACUUCCAGGGAGACCUGCAGCUCUACUCAAUGGAGGGCUACGGCACCUCAGCUGUCAUAUACUUGAAGGCCUUGUCCUCAGAGUCAGUGGAGAGACUUCCUGUUUUCAACAAGUCAGCCUUGCGGCAUUACCAGGCAGCCACAGAGGCCGAUGACUGGUGCAUGCCCAGCAAGGAUCCAAAGAAGGUGGGCAAGUAUGAGAGGACUCGGUGAUGGUGGGAGGAAGUGGAGGACGGUCUAAACUAGUUUUAGAAGAAUAAGAAAAAGUGAAGAAUAAUAGGAUUAAGAAGAAGAGGGUCCAUGUUGGAAGAAAUUGAUCAACUUGUACUGUAAGUGGGAGAAGACACUAAAUGCUUACAGCAUGUUGCUGGACAUGUGUGAGAAAGGAGCCCACAUCACUUCCAGAGACUCACUGCUGAUGUCAAGAAUCAGAUAAAUUUAGCUCAACUAUUACUGCCAGCCUCCAGGCAAUUUAACCCAACAAAUGCUCACCACAUGGAAUCUCAUCAUGACAAUUACAGGCUGCUAUUGGUAAAGGAACAAGUCAAGUAUUAAUCUCCUGUUGCCUCACUCAUUACACCCACUUCUCAGUUAUUUAGUCAUGAUAACAUGGUUGCACUUUGAAAUGAGCAUGCUAGCUGUUUGUGCAUUUUUUCUUUCGAAACAUUUAAUUUCACAAUCUAAAGACUGAUGCUCUUUGGUUCAUUCAAUUACUGGCUAAGGUUGUGUUUUUGCAUUUGGUUAAAUGUGUAUCCAGGCCCUGUAAGAGGCAGCCACAGCCGGCUACAGCGAGAUCACUUAAGUUAAACAGAGUGGAAACAUGUUCAGUGACUCCAGCAGAAACACAAAGGGAGCAAAGUCUGUUCCCCCACUUUUGCUCAUGUAGGCAUUUCACUCCUUGCAGCAUUACCUCAUUUCACACACGCAGCUUCUGCAUUUCGUGGCAGAUCUCACACAACUGCAGCAUUUCAGAGACACUAGAAGAAGAAUUUGCAUUAGUUAUGCCUGGUGUAAAAUGAAAUUCUUUUAUUAUUCAAACAAUUGUUCCAUUUUAGGUCUUUUGACUUCCUCCAUAUGAAAUGUAAACAAAAUGUGAUCCUUUCAAUGGAGGCUUCUGCUUGCCAAUAAAUGACCCAUCUUGUGCCUUAGCCGUCAACACAUGCAAGCUGAGAUCAAUGUAAAACUGGGAUUGAUUGAGAUGUGUAGGCACACUUCAUAGAGCAAAGUCAGAUGUGCCUCUCUGUUGAAGUGGAGUUGUUGAAACAUAGUAUUGCAUCAUAUUUGAACUUAGUAUGUAUGGUUGAACUGUGAAUAGCUGUAUUUUAAUUGUAAUAACUGCCGAGUUAACCUCCACCUUUGCUCAAUCAUUUUCAUCGGUUGAAACUGGUGUGGAGUUAAUUACAGUAGGAACUGAAUGAAAUACACUUUUUAAUUCUUUUCCAAGAACAUUUUUGGUGUUCUCAAUGUUUGUCUCUGCAUGUUGAAGGUCUUUAAAUGAUUUUAGUGUUUUGUAAUGAUGCAUGUAUUGUUUAUUUAAAGGACCAGUGUGUAGGAUUUAGUGGCAUUUAGAGGUGAGGUUGCAGAUUGCAACCAUGUGAACACCCCUCACCUCACCCCUCCCUUUGCAAGUGUUUAGGAGAACCUAUGCAUGGGCUUUCUCUAGAGCCAGUGUUUUGUUUGUCCCUUCUGGGCUACUGUAAAAACAUGGUGGACUCCAUAGAAGAGGACCUGCUCCCUCUGUAGAUAUAAAAAGCUCAUUUUAAGGUAAUGAUAAAACAACAAUUCCUAUUUUCAGGUGAUUAUACAGGAAUGAAAACAUACUAAUGAAUAUUCUGUUCCAUUUCUGCCAAUAGGUCCCCCUAAAUCCUACACACUGAACCUUUAAGUGACUUACUUUAAAGUGUGUGAAGGCCUGGGUGAGAUGUUAGAUAUUGCACUGCAGAAAAACUGCUUCAGCUUUGUGUUACGUGAUGUACUGCAAGCCAUAAUGUUCAAAUUUGUGUAGCACGUUAGGCACUGCAAGCUGUAUGGAGCUCAUAGAUAUCGCCUUAUCUUUAUCUAACAGUUUCACAUAUUCUGUGUCCUCCUUACAUAGCUGUCAUACAACCCCGAUUCCAAAGAGUUUGGAUGCUGUGUAAAAUGUAAAUAAAAACAGAAUACACAAAUAUUCCAAACAGGUGUUUUUGGAGCACUCCACAACUUUCCCCACCCUUUGUUCCUCCUGUCCCAACAUGUUUGAAAUGUGUUGCUGUAUCAAAUUCAGAAUAAGCAGAUAUUUACAAAAAUCAGUGAUUGGUGAAAACAUUAAAUACAUUGCCUUUGUACUGUUUUCAGUUGAUGAUAUGUGAAAAAGGAUCAGCAAAUGAUCACAUUCUGUUUCAUGUGUUACACAGCGAACUCUUUUGGAAUCAGGGUUGUACUGUCAUACACUGUACUUCUCAAUUCAGUUUUGAGAACUUGUUGAUUAAAAUAUUAAUUCAUUUUUAGGAUUUGUGAAUAUUUGACACUGUAUAGGCAUCACAGUCAAAGGCCAAGUGUUACUGCGCUGAAGUUGUGGUUCACCGCUAUAAGGACCAGAGAAUGUAGAUAAUAAAGAUCUCAUGGA